AUGCCAAGGGAGAAGCCGUUUCGUGUAGACCCAUGUAUCGGCUCAGCUGAGUGGGACAAGAAAUACUUGCUGGUGCAGCUCGCGAUCGCGCGCCGCGAGGGACACUUCGUGCAGCCUGCGAAACUAGGCUGGCAAGCUUUUGGAGAGAGGUACGAUGAGCAUUGCGCUGUGCGGAUCGACUGCAGCAUCUUCGUGACCCAAGGCCGUUUGGGUUCGUUCAGAAAAAGAGACGACCGAGGGGCCCACAUUGUCGAUCGUCUAGAUGCUGGAGCAGAGAAAAGAGAUACCCUAGGCGGCGAUGAGGACAGGGGGAUCCCUCUUUGUAUGUGCGAAAAUAAAGCCUCUAACGAAGACCAAGCGCCGCCAGAACCAGAACGUCAAAGCUCGACAGAAGAAUCGACGCCAGAAGCCAGCGAUGAUGAGCAUCAUAGUUCUCAGGAUGAAGCGGUUGGACCAAGUGCGCCGAUGUUGCCAACACCAACGGCCGGCAAGUCAUCCAACACCAGGCUCGAGCCUUCACUGGAGGCCAACACCCAAGUUUCAGUAGAUCAAGUGCGUGAGCCAAGAUAUCAUCAGCCCACGCUUCGUUCGUCUCGAACGGUUCGAAGCUCAUUCAUUUCGCGAAACGAGCUCCCGAGAUCAGAGUACAACACACUGCUUGCGGUCGCGAGGAGCAACGACCUGAACGAGACGAACGACUCCGUAGCAGACUUGAAAUUUGAAAGUCUUAUGCACGCCCUGAGUGGCGUUGAGGAUUCGCCAGCUGUUGCACCACAUCUAUACCGGCGAUGGUCCAGUUCGCAGGAGAAACCCGAGCGCUACAUCUGUCCGAAGAACUGGCGAGAUUGUCACUGA